GUGACGCAUCCAUUUUCGAUGCUUCUGCGAAAAUAUUCUUCUUCAUAACUGUAGCAGCGACAGGCAAUGAAAUUUGGACCAGCCUCGCAUCAUCACUUGAGUUUGUAGUAGGGAAAUUAAUUGUGGGUUGGUUCCCUCCACAAUAGAGAAAGCACACUUUGCUUCCGCUCAUUUUGGACUUGCUAGAAAGUUCGCAUUCCGAAAACCUUCAACGUGGUCAGCUUCAAGAGCAUGGCUGAUUUCCUGAUCAGUGGUGGUACGGGCUAUGUCCCAGAAGAUGGACUCUCCGCACAACAGCUUUUCUCCGUUGGAGACGGCCUCACCUACAAAUCUGCUCAACAACAGUCUGUUGUCGCUGAUGGUCAAACGGCAGAAGAGCUAUGCUCUAAAGGCGACGGGUUGACUUACAACGACUUCCUGAUUCUGCCGGGCUUCAUUGAUUUUACCUCAGACGAUGUGGUGAGUAGUCCUCUCUUCUCUGACUGUCAAGACCUUCCAGAAAGCUAA